GCAAACAAAAAGCUCAGGUCUUGCUCCCUCCCUCCGCCCCCCGACGCGCACCCGGAGAAACAGUUUUCUGCAGAAAUGCAACAAGUAGCACCCGGAGCUCGCGGAGCGCCCAGCGCCGCCUGACUUGGCCGGGCAAAGCCCGCCUGCAAAGACCCGGGCCAGCCACCGGACAAAGGGCGGAGGAGGGGCUGGACGGCGCUGCGAAGUCCGAAAGAGGCCAUUUAGCGACUCUAGCCAGGCCAAGGGGAAUGCAGAGGAGACACAGAGCCGGCGGGCCAAGAGGACGAUCCGGUCGCAGCACGCAGGGCGGGCGGCAAUGGAGGCUGCCCGCGCCGUGCGCUUCCUGCUCGUGGUGUGCGGCUGCCUCGCGCUCCCGCCGAGGGCCCAGCCGGUGUGCCCGGAGCGCUGCGACUGCCAGCACCCCCAGCACCUCCUGUGCACCAACAGGGGGCUCCGCGCCGUGCCCAAGACUAGCUUGCUCCCGAGUCCGCAGGACGUGCUCACCUACAGCCUCGGCGGCAACUUCAUAACCAACAUCACGGCCUUCGACUUCCACCGCCUGGGGCAGCUCAGACGGCUGGACCUGCAGUACAACCAGAUCCGCUCCCUACACCCCAAGACCUUCGAGAAGCUCUCGCGGCUGGAGGAGCUCUACCUGGGCAACAAUCUCCUGCAGGCGCUCGCCCCGGGCACCCUGGCACCGCUGCGCAAACUGCGCAUCCUUUACGCCAACGGGAACGAGAUUGGCCGCCUCAGCCGCGGCUCCUUCGAGGGCCUGGAGAGUCUAGUCAAAUUGCGGCUGGACGGGAACGCCCUGGGGGCGCUUCCGGAUGCCGUCUUUGCCCCCUUGGGCAACUUGCUCUACCUACAUCUGGAGGCCAACCGGAUCCGCUUUCUGGGCAAGAACGCCUUCGCCCAGCUGGGGAAGCUGCGCUUCCUCAACCUCUCUGCCAACGAGCUGCAGCCCUCCUUACGCCACGCAGCCACAUUCGCGCCGCUGCGCUCCCUCUCCACCCUCAUCCUUUCAGCCAACAGCCUGCAGCACCUCGGGCCGCGCGUCUUCCAGCACCUGCCGCGCCUCGGCCUACUUUCGCUCAGGGGCAAUCAGCUCACGCACCUCGCACCCGAGGCCUUUUGGGGGUUGGAGGCCCUGCGCGAGCUGCGCCUGGAAGGCAACCGGUUGAGCCAGCUGCCCGUGGCGCUGCUGGAGCCUCUGCACAGCCUGGAGGCGCUAGACCUGAGCGGCAACGAGCUGUCGGCUCUGCACCCCACUACCUUUGGCCACCUGGGCCGGCUGCGCGAGCUCAGCUUGCGCGACAACGCGCUCAGCGCCCUCUCCGGGGACAUCUUCGCGGCCAGCCCGGCCCUCUACCGACUGGAUCUAGAUGGCAACGGCUGGACCUGCGACUGCCGGCUGCGGGGCCUGAAGCGCUGGAUGGGCGACUGGCACUCGCAGGGCCGGCUCCUCACCGUUUUCGUACAGUGUCGCCACCCUCCGGCCUUGCGGGGCAAGUACCUGGAUUACCUGGAUGACCAGCAACUGCAGAACGAAUCUUGCGCAGAUCCCUCUCCCUCGGUUUCCCCAACUGCCGAUGGCAAGCGGCGGCCCCUACCCACAGCCCCAGGGGAGAAGGUGGCGCUCCCAGCAGGUGCCCUCGCGGAGGAACUGCCGCCUCAGCCGCAGCUACAGCCACAGCAACGGGGUCGAUUUCUGCCGGGUAUUGCCUGGGAUGGAGCCGCCAGGGAGCUCUUGGGUAACCGCAGCGCCCUAAGGUUGAGCCGGCGCCCUGGCCUCCAGCAGCUGGGCUCCAACGCCGCUGCUUCCGCCAGCCCGGCGUCACACCCCCUAGACCUGCUCGAGAAGCCUGAGCGGGGACGUCUUACUCCGUCAGUUCCCGCCCACGCGGAGCCUACCCCGACGGCCAAGCUCGGCUCUGAGUCAGCCGGCGGCGACCUCUGGCAGCACGCAGCGAAGCAGCGCCUGGCCGCGCAGCAGCAGGAGAGCGCCGCCCAAUCCGACGGCGGGGUCGGCCUGCCGCCGCUGGUGUCCGACCCGUGUGACUUCAACAAGUUCAUCCUGUGCAACCUGACGGUAGAGGCAGUGGGCGCCGACAGCGCCUCGGUGCGCUGGGCGGUGCGUGAGCACCGCAGCCCCAGGCCGCUGGGCGGCGCGCGCUUCCGCCUGCUCUUCGACCGCUUUGGCCAGCAGCCUAAGUUCCACCGCUUCGUCUACCUGCCCGAGCGCAGCGACUCGGCCACGCUGCGCGAACUACGCGGAGACACCCCCUACCUGGUGUGCGUGGAGGGAGUGCUCGGUGGCCGGGUCUGCCCGGUGGCUCCCCGGGACCACUGCGCCGGGCUGGUUACCCUGCCGGAGCCGGGGAGCCGGAGCAGCGUCGACUACCAACUGCUGACCUUAGCCCUGCUGGCCGUCAACGCGCUGCUGGUGCUCCUGGCCUUGGCGGCCUGGGCGUCGCGCUGGCUGCGGAGGAAGCUGCGGGCCAGGCGGAAGGGCGGGGCCCCAGUCCACGUUCGCCACAUGUACUCUACCCGACGGCCCCUGCGCUCCAUGGGCACCGGCGUGUCAGCCGACUUCUCGGGAUUCCAGUCGCACCGGCCGCGCACCGCCGUGUGCGCGCUCAGCGAGGCGGACCUCAUCGAGUUCCCGUGCGACCGCUUCAUGGACAGCGGGGGCGGCGGCGCGGGCGGCAGCUUGAGGCGGGAGGAGCACCUCCUUCAGCGAUUUGCUGACUAGAGCCCGGCUAGCCCAGAGUUCCUGGCUACCUGCUUAUUGAUGAGGACUGCAAGGCAACUGUCCAGCCUUCCCCACUGAGACACACGUGCAGACUGUUCACAUAAGUCAUAGACACUCAUGUGUUGGGGAAGGCAAAGGCAGAGAGGGAUGGUAGAUGACACGUGAUCAAGAAGAGAUCUGAGUUCAUUUUGCGCAGCAUUUCCACCGUUCUGUGAGCACCCUGGUGGAACCAGUUCCCAGGUCAAGAAGUGAAACCUGCCUCCCAGAGGUUUCCCUCAGCCAUCCCAGGCUGGUCCCUGUCACAACCCCACACCAGAGAUAAACACCAAUCUGGCUCUUUACACCAAAGAUCGGCUUUACCUGUUUUUGCACCUUGUUCACUUCUGCCCCGAAACCACUGGCGUUGUGGCGUUAAAGUGCUUCUUCGUAUCCGAAGUGUGCCUGCUCUGCUUCUCUUCACUGCUCGUGAUGGUAGAGUUAAGGCAGCUGCCCUGGAAACACUUAUUAACAAGAUGUUUGAAAUUGCCACCUCCCAAGGCCUCUGCAGAAAUAGUGCGUGGCUAACGUAUUAAUCCACGCUUUAGGGACAAGCAAGACCCAGCAGUGGGGGUAAAAGGAAUCCUCUGAAUUCUCUGAAAAGAUAAAAGAUAUUAAGGAGCCAUCAAUGAUGCUAGAAAACAUAAAGUUAUAACCUGUCACCUCUUUCAUGUACACACGUCAUACUGUUUUUCCCACUGUUCUACCCGAGAAGGAAGAUGUUUCUGUGUAGUGUUUUUGUUUGCUUAUUUAAGCCCAAAUCAGUCCCUUUUGUAUAGAAUACCAUGCUAAGAAUAAUCUGAUGGGUCAACGAAUAAUCACAGAAAGCCAGGAUAUCCUUAUACAAAUGGAAGAAAAUAAACCUCCAGUCUGAAUAUUUUAUCUCCACGCUGCUGAGCCCGGGCACCCUGCGGCAUGAUUGGUUUUCCUGUUUCUGUUUGACUGUUUGGAGCCGCGUGUGUGGAACCUGCAUAUGAGUCACGUGCAAGAUGGCAC